AUUCUUCUUCCCACUCGCAAGCGUGGAUCUCGUUUGAACUUCUUCUCCCAGGGUCGAGUACCAGCAAGUCGCCAACACAACAGUCAAAAUGGGUGUCGAUUUGGACAAGCACCACGUCAAGUCGGGUCACCGAAAGGCCCCGAAGUCGAACAACCCAUACAAGAACCUGUUGCACAAGUUGUACACGUUCCUUGACCGCCGCACAGACAGCAAGUUCAAUGCUACCGUGCUGAGGAGACUGCGCAUGUCGCGCAUCAACAACCCACCGAUCUCGCUGUCCAAGAUCGUGGCCGUCACCGCCAACAAGCACAGCGGCGCUGCUCACGAGGGCAAGAUCCGCGCUGUCGUUGGAACCGUCACCGACGACAACCGUCUCCUCGAGGUCCCAAAGCUCAGCAUCUGCGCUCUUCGCUUCACUGCCCCAGCGCGUGCCCGCAUCGAGAAGGCCGGUGGCGAGUGCCUCACCUUCGACCAGCUCGCCCUCCGCGCCCCAACCGGCUCCAACGUUGUCCUCCUCCGUGGUCCAAAGAACGCCCGUGAGGCCGUCAAGCACUUUGGCUUCGGUCCUCACACCGACAAGAAGCCAUACGUCGAGAGCAAGGGCCGCAAGUUCGAGCGUGCUCGUGGUCGCAGACGGUCGCGUGGUUUCAAGGUCUAAGCCAGUCGCUAGAGUGCUUCUGGUUUUGGUGGGUGCAGGGAACGGUACAGGCGUUAUAAUCACAAAUGGCGUCUUCAAAAAGAGCAUGAGAGGAGCCCUACAUCAGGCGUCUCCUCCGCGUUGCAUGGUACAAAGAGGUGCCUCAGGCUACGCAGUUCAUGAAAUGACAACGAAUCGAUCUUGAACACCCA